AUGGCAGCGCCCGUUCUUAGCCAGCUUGCAUGGACUCUGCUGCUGUGUCUCACCAGUGGAAGGCCCAGCACAGCCAGCCCCGCCGAGGAAGUUCAAACACCUUUCAAUUUAACGGUUAAUUCCUAUAAUUUUAAUACAAGCUUACGCUGGGACUACAAUAGAAUGGAAAUGACUGCUUAUUUUGAUGUAGAUCUAUUAGACAAAGUAGAAAUGAACUGGAUGGUUAUUGAGGCUUGCCAGAAUAUUUCACAUCACUACUGUGACCUUUCCCAUGAGAUAUUUGAUCCUUUGAACUAUUAUAAAGUAAGAGUAAAAGCUUUGGUUGGAUCUAAAACAAGCGAACCCGCAACUAUAGAGUUCAGCUUAAGCAGUGUAGGAAUUCUUGGUCCUCCAGAGUUGGACGUGGACAUUAAAGAGGAGAUCAUUGUGGUUGAUAUUUUUCACCCAAAAAUGCCAUUUGAUGACAUUAUGGAAAAUGGACAGCUAAAUUACAUGGUAUACUGUGGAAAUUAUGCUAAGAGACUCAUCCACAGACUGUCGGAAUCAUAA